AUGAAGUCAUUCAUUUCGCUAAUAUUCCUCACUAUAUUGGCACUCGUCACGGCCGAAACUCACACAUGGUACUACACUGCCAACUGGGUCGAUGGACUCAACCCCGAUGGAGUUAAAGAAAGACGUAUGAUUGGGUGGAAUGAUACUUGGCCAUUACCCACAUUGAGAGUUAAAAAGGGCGAUAGAGUCAAUUUGUACUUGACCAAUGGGUUCGAUGACAGAAACACAUCAUUGCAUUUCCAUGGUAUGUUUCAAAGAGGUACUAAUCAAAUGGAUGGACCAGAAAUGGUUACUCAAUGUCCUAUCCCUCCUGGAGAAACCAUGUUGUAUAAUUUUACUGUUGAUGAGCAAGUUGGAUCUUAUUGGUACCAUUCACAUACUUCAGGUCAAUAUGGGGAUGGUAUGAGAGGUGUAUUCAUUAUUGAAGAACCAAGUAAGGAUGAUUAUCCAUAUGAUUACGACGAAGAAGUUGUCUUGACAUUGAAUGAACAUUAUCAUGAAGAAUCGGAAGACUUGAUGCCUAAGUUCUUGAGUAGAUUUAACCCAACUGGUGCUGAAUUGAUUCCACAAAACAUCUUGUUUAAUGAAACUAGAAAUGAAACUUGGAAAGUUGAACCAAACAAGACAUAUUUGUUGAGAAUUAUCAAUAUGGGAAGAUUCUUGUCCCACUAUGUGUGGAUGGAAGAUCAUGAUAUGACCAUUGUUGAAGUUGAUGGUGUAUACGUUGAGAAAAACACCACCAAUUUGAUUUACAUUACUGUUGCUCAAAGAUAUACCGUUUUGGUUACCACUAAAAACUCAACUGAUAAAAAUUAUGCAUUCAUGCACAGACUUGAUCCUGAUAUGUUGGAUACUCAACCAUCGGAUUUGGAGUUGAAUGGUACAAACACCAUCAUGUAUAAUGAAAAAUUGGGUAAAGCUGAACCAUAUGAUUUGACUCAGGAUGAACUUGAUGAUUAUUUCGAUGAUUUCUUCCUUGUACCAUUGAACAAGGAGAAACUUUAUGAUGAUGCUGAUUACACCAUUACUAUCCAAGUGCAAAUGGACAAUUUGGGUGAUGGUAUCAACUAUGCUUUUUUCAACAACAUCACCUACACCAAGCCAAGAGUGCCCACUUUGCUUACUGUCUUGUCCGCUGGUGAUGAGGCUACUAAUGAAUUGAUUUAUGGUACAAACACAAACACGUUUGUCUUGCAAAAGGAUGAUGUUGUUGAUAUUGUGCUCAACAACUUGGAUACUGGUAAACAUCCAUUCCACUUGCACGGUCACAUUUUCCAAUUGAUUGAAAGACACGAGGCUAUUGAUGAUGAUGAUGAUCCAGUUGCUUACAAUGCCAGUGACCAUGCCGAAUGGCCAGAAUAUCCAAUGAUGAGGGACACGGUUUUCUUGCAACCACAAUCAUACAUGGUUUUGCGUUUCAAAGCUGAUAACCCCGGUGUUUGGUUCUUCCAUUGUCACAUUGAAUGGCACUUGGAUCAAGGUUUGGCAAUUCAAUUGAUUGAAGACCCAAUGGGAAUCCAAAACAAUUCAACUCAACAAAUCACUGACAACCAUAAGCAAAUUUGUGAAAAAGUAGGUGUGCCAUGGGAAGGUAAUGCUGCUGGUAAUAAAGAGAACGUAUUGGACUUGAAAGGCGAGAAUCUUCAACACAAGAGAUUGCCCACUGGAUUCACCGCUAGAGGUAUUGUUGCUUUGGUGUUUUCAUGUGUUGCAGGUGUUUUGGGUUUGGCUGCUAUUGCCUUUUACGGUAUGCAAGAUAUCAAUAAUGUCGAAGAAAGAGUUGCCAGAGACUUGGAUGUUGAUUUGGAUGAAGAAGAUGAAAGUGGUGCUGAAAUUGUUAGACAAACUUCUUCAACUGAAGGCUCAUCUACUCAUAAACAUUGA